AUGCAAUCCUCAUUAAGCUCUUUACCUUAUCAUGACAAACCUUUAUCACAGGAAGACCGGCGAAGAGCCAUGCGUAUAGUUGAAGAAGAAGCAUUACUAUCCACCGGUCAAAACAAUGUUGAUGAACGAAUAAUUCCACUACCACCCUCGUCAAUACUUUCUGAAAGAAUGCAAGCUUGCGUAGCCAAUGCUGGAAAAGGAGAACAUAUACGGGCAAUUGACUUACAGCGUUACACUCGACCGAGUGCACCCGGCACUCCGAACGCUCUUCUUCAAGCAGCCAUAGCUUCAGAAAUGCUUAUCACAAGAGCUGACAAUUUGGAGCUUGGAUUCGAGUGCUCGGAAGCCGCUUGGAAGCAUUGCAUAGCACAAUCAAAAGCACAUUUGUACUGGCUCGAAAACUGUUUAUACAUGGCCAAUAGAGAAGUUCGACAGUGCAACAAGGCGCGAAAACUGCAUCACACUGCUGCGGGUCAGGAACUCGAUGCUUUGGAAAAAAAAAUUGGCUCUGCAUUCCGGAACUCAAUACACACAAACCUGGCCGUCUCUCAAAUCAACAGACCGUAG